AUGAAUGCAGAACGGGUGCAUACAGCAACAGCAUCAGCAUCAGCAUCAGCAUCAGCAUCAGCAUCAGCAUCAGCAUCAGCAUCAGCAUCAGCAUCAGCAUCAGAAUCAGCAUCAGCAUCAGCAUCAGCAUCAGCAUCAGGAUCAGGAUCAGGAUCAGCAUCAGAAUCAGAAUCAGAAUCAGCAUCAGCAUCAGCAUCAGCAUCAGCAUCAGGAUCAGCAUCAGCAUCAGCAUCAGCAUCAGCAUCAGCAUCAGCAUCAGCAUCAGCAUCAGCAUCAGCAUCAGCAUCAGAAUCAGCAUCAGCAUCAGCAUCAGCAUCAGCAUCAGCAUCAGGAUCAGCAUCAGCAUCAGAAUCAGAAUCAGCAUCAGCAUCAGCAUCAGCAUCAGCAUCAGCAUCAGCAUCAGGAUCAGCAUCAGAAUCAGAAUCAGCAUCAGCAUCAGCAUCAGGAUCAGCAUCAGCAUCAGCAUCAGCAUCAGCAUCAGCAUCAGCAUCAGCAUCAGGAUCAGCAUCAGCAUCAGCAUCAGCAUCAGAAUCAGAAUCAGCAUCAGCAUCAGCAUCAGCAUCAGCAUCAGCAUCAGGAUCAGCAUCAGCAUCAGCAUCAGCAUCAGCAUCAGCAUCAGGAUCAGCAUCAGCAUCAGCAUCAGCAUCAGAAUCAGCAUCAGCAUCAGCAUCAGCAUCAGCAUCAGCAUCAGGAUCAGCAUCAGCAUCAGCAUCAGGAUCAGCAUCAGCAUCAGCAUCAGCAUCAGCAUCAGCAUCAGGAUCAGCAUCAGCAUCAGCAUCAGAAUCAGCAUCAGCAUCAGCAUCAGCAUCAGCAUCAGGAUCAGCAUCAGCAUCAGCAGCAGCAUCAGCAUCAGCAUCAGCAUCAGCAUCAGGAUCAGCAUCAGCAUCAGCAUCAGCAUCAGCAUCAGCAUCAGCAUCAGCAUCAGCAUCAGGAUCAGCAUCAGCAUCAGCAUCAGCAUCAGCAUCAGCAUCAGGAUCAGGAUCAGGAUCAGGAUCAGGAUCAGGAUCAGGAUCAGGAUCAGCAUCAGCAUCAGCAUCAGCAUCAGCAUCAGCAUCAGCAUCAGCAUCAGGAUCAGCAUCAGCAUCAGCAUCAGCAUCAGGAUCAGCAUCAGCAUCAGCAUCAGAAUCAGCAUCAGCAUCAGCAUCAGCAUCAGCAUCAGGAUCAGCAUCAGCAUCAGCAUCAGCAUCAGGAUCAGCAUCAGGAUCAGAAUCAGGAUCAGCAUCAGGAUCAGCAUCAGGAUCAGCAUCAGCAUCAGCAUCAGCAUCAGCAUCAGCAUCAGAAUCAGAAUCAGCAUCAGCAUCAGCAUCAGCAUCAGCAUCAGGAUCAGCAUCAGCAUCAGCAUCAGCAUCAGCAUCAGCAUCAGGAUCAGCAUCAGCAUCAGCAUCAGCAUCAGCAUCAGCAUCAGGAUCAGCAUCAGCAUCAGAAUCAGAAUCAGCAUCAGCAUCAGCAUCAGCAUCAGCAUCAGCAUCAGCAUCAGCAUCAGAAUCAGCAUCAGCAUCAGCAUCAGCAUCAGCAUCAGCAUCAGAAUCAGCAUCAGCAUCAGCAUCAGCAUCAGCAUCAGCAUCAGCAUCAGGAUCAGGAUCAGGAUCAGCAUCAGAAUCAGAAUCAGCAUCAGCAUCAGCAUCAGCAUCAGCAAUAGGAUCAGCAUCAGCAUCAGCAUCAGCAUCAGCAUCAGCAUCAGAAUCAGCAUCAGCAUCAGCAUCAGCAUCAGCAUCAGGAUCAGGAUCAGGAUCAGCAUCAGAAUCAGAAUCAGCAUCAGCAUCAGCAUCAGCAUCAGCAUCAGGAUCAGCAUCAGAAUCAGCAUCAGCAUCAGCAUCAGCAUCAGCAUCAGGAUCAGCAUCAGCAUCAGCAUCAGCAUCAGGAUCAGCAUCAGCAUCAGCAUCAGCAUCAGAAUCAGCAUCAGCAUCAGCAUCAGCAUCAGCAUCAGCAUCAGGAUCAGCAUCAGCAUCAGCAUCAGGAUCAGCAUCAGGAUCAGCAUCAGCAUCAGCAUCAGCAUCAGCAUCAGGAUCAGCAUCAGCAUCAGGAUCAGCAUCAGCAUCAGCAUCAGCAUCAACAUCAGCAUCAGCAUCAGCAUCAGGAUCAGCAUCAGCAUCAGCAUCAGAAUCAGCAUCAGCAUCAGCAUCAGCAUCAGCAUCAGCAUCAGCAUCAGGAUCAGCAUCAGCAUCAGAAUCAGCAUCAGCAUCAGCAUCAGCAUCAGCAUCAGGAUCAGCAUCAGCAUCAGCAUCAGCAUCAGAAUCAGCAUCAGCAUCAGCAUCAGCAUCAGCAUCAGCAUCAGCAACAGCAUCAGCAUCAGCAUCAGGAUCAGCAUCAGCAUCAGCAUCAGCAUCAGCAUCAGCAUCAGAAUCAGCAUCAGCAUCAGCAUCAGCAUCAGGAUCAGCAUAA